ACAAGUCGGGAAAAAUUGCCAAGUCAAACGGCCUCUCGCGGAAACUCAAGAGUUUAUUUUUCUUUUCUCUUUCUUUGCUUCUUUUCUUCCGAAAAGGGAAAAAAUGUACGGGGUUGAUGAUUUAUUUGUUGGUGUACAAUUCGUACAGGUAUUACAUCAUGAUAUAUCUGAUACUCCCAAAAAGCCCAAAACAAUGCUGUGUGUUGUCCACCGUCAUUUCAUCAAGUGGUACCUAUCAGGGGAAGGUUUUUUUUCCCGCCCAUCAAAAAGAGCCCGUGACGAUUGCGUGAGGCUGUAUGAACAAGUGUCUAGUUUUUUAUUUUUUUACAAGUUGGCAACGAGAGCGAUGGCGCUGCUGGCGGAGCCGAUGAUGGAGCUGAGCUCAGAGGCGCCGGGGACGGAGGGGGUUGUGGUAGUCUCCUGGCAGCCAGGGAGACGAGGGCGAAGACGGUGGCAGCGGUGAAACGCAUCUUUAACUGAGUUUUGGGUUUGGUAGGUUAAAAAGGUUAUUAAGUUGGUUGAAGGUUGGUUCGAGAGAUCGGU